GGGAUGGAAGCAGAUGGAUGAGUGACUGUGAGAGGAAAAGGAAACACAAAGAUGGAAGGUGAAGCAUGAAUUUGCAGCCUGACACCCUUUCGCUCUCUCUGGAGUAAGGACCGCGCGUGCGUCUGUGCACCCGCGUGCCAUGCGGCCCCACCCCUGCUCCUCUUCUGCCCGACUCCCUCAGGAUAUUUUUAGCGCUGCUGCUGAUGAGCUCUGUCAAAUCACGUAACGGAAACAAGCUCAGAGCUGAGCGGCGGAGCUGCUGUGGACAGUCCGGUUUUUACGGAGAUCUGCAGGGGGAGGUGAGAUGAGAUUAGAAAUAAACUUGGUGUUCGUCGUGUUGGUGCUGCUGCUUACCGGCUCAUCGCAGACAAGAGGUGAGGGCAGUGCUUUGCCCCCUGUCUUCCCCCAGAGUCAUACUGACACAUCAGCAUCUCCUGACCGUGUGACAGGGGAUCCUGGGAAUGAGGCCCUGCAGUGGACACGUGAUCCUGCAGGAAAGAAUGAAACCUCUCCUGAAACCAUCACCAGGAUGGAAGGAACAGUCAGUUCAAACAAUGUCACUGAUGCAGCAAUUACAACCCACUUGUUGAGCACCAGCUCUGCAGCUGCAACAUCUGCACACACGGAUGCAGCAGUGGUCAUGAAGGCUCACACGGGUGCUGCCUCUUCUCCAGCUGGCGCCCACGGCCUUUCAUCCACACCUACGCCGCAGAACACCACCCUUCUGCAUCACGUCUCAACCACUGAGGGCAGGACGCUCCCGGCCACAGAUCCCACAGCCACCUUUUCAUCUCAGCCAGCCCACACAGUGCAGAGUAUGAGCUCCAGAGCCCACGCCGCCCGCACCCAAUCACAGUCCACCCCAGCUCCAGUCCCUGUGGGGCCAAAACACCAGGAGGCCCCAUCUGAACUUAAUGUUGGAGAUGAAGACCUGAAGGGGCCCCGGUACCACCCAAGCUCCCCUUUAGACCCCCUGCUGGCUGGUCUGCUGUCAGUGUUCAUCGUCACCACUGCCAUUGUCUUUGUCGUCCUCUUCCUGAAGCUCCGCCAGCGGACAAACCACCCCGAGUUUCAUCGGCUGCAGGAUCUCCCCAUGGAUGAUUUGAUGGAGGACACACCGCUCUCCAGAUACACUUACUGAUGGACGCGUCCUGUCUGUCAGAGGUAACAGAAGCUAAGCGGACACCAAAGGAAGAAAGUGUGGACACGAGUAAAGCCUUUACCUGAUGCAGCUGCAUCACUGCUGAUGAGUGUGAUGAAAAUGUUUAUCUGAUGCUACGUAAGAACGAUUGUUUUACUCAUUUAAAGUUUGUGUAUAACUUCAACUCUUUUUCCACAUUCCCUCUAAAGUAAAGGAGAUCUUAAGUCAGUGGGAAACUUAUGUUUUCUGUGUAUCCCUGACUUGACUUUCCCAAUGUAAGCACAGCACUUUAAUGUGGCACCAAUGGUCACACUGCACUCUAGGGGACAUAUGAGGUUAUGUGGAUCAAGGUUGCAUAUGGUCCCUCAUUGUAAAUGAACUGACAACCUCAGGUUAUGAAGGGAGACAUUAGAGAGUAAUGGGUGAAGACAGAUUGACGAUAUAAAGUGCCCCCAAAUGAUUAAGGAACAUGAAUUAUGAUCUUUUAGGUGACCAAAUAUUAGUGAAGUGCACUUUCACACCAUAUUGCCAAGUCACACGUGUUGUCUUAAAGCCACAGUGUUGCUGCACAAUAAAUGAAAAAAAGCAAGUGAUAUACAAUUAAAAAGCCAUAUAGCUGGAAAAACAGAUAAGUUAUAGACAAGUAAUAGAUUAUUUAACUUUUUUCAUGUACUAACCAAAUGAUGUGGCAAAUAUGUCUGGUUCUUAUUGCAGCCUUUCAUGUCUAGUUAUGUGUUAUUGAACUUGAAUUCAGUUAUUCUGCUUUUAUUGAUGAAUAUUUAAUCCACCAGUGCACACUCAGAACACCCUGCUACACUAGAUAACCACUUAAAUAUCAAAUGUAAAAGACAAACUACUUUAAUUAAAUGUGUUCAUAUUUACAGAGGAUCUAUUAGGUCAAGCACACAUUUUUGCUUCAGUCAAGCUGCAUCAGGGACGUUUUAUUUUGUUACCUGUAUCUGUAUUAGUUGGAAUAUUGUGCAGAUGUGCUUGACCUUAAAUGAUGUAUUAGAGAUGUAAAAUUAGUGUUACUAUUAAGUGCCAUUAGUGAUGUAUAAAUAUGGAAAUGAAAGUUAGACUGAAGAGUUUAUUGAUAUUUGUCCUGUUUGAUAAUAAAAUAGAAACCACUGUACAGUUGCACAUCUACAGAGUGGGGUGUUGUUUUCUAAAAGCAAUGAGCUUUAAGCCUUACAGUCCGUGUGUCAUUGUUGAUGUAUGUUUCUUUUGUCAGUGAAUCUGCCUCAACAAGUCAUGUUGAAUUUGAACAAAUUCUCAGCUUAAGUAAAUAAAGUGACUCCCUUAAACAGGAUUU